UCACAGAAAAUUUAAAAACCUAUUGUGAAUGAAACCUAAAAUUCUUCAUUGCAUACUUUUUGCCACUUAUCUAUCUCGUUUUUUUUUCACUUUUCAAUCUGUCAGUGUCAAAAGAAGGCAACGGAAAAAAAGAUGGGUCGUAAUGCAAAGAAAGGCGCUAAAGGUAAGCCAGGAGCACCAAAUAAAUCAAAGAAGGAUAAGAAUGUAUUCAAGGUAAACGAUGCCAAGUCAAAGAAGAAGCCAAAGGAGGUUCAGGGUAAAUUAAAAAAGAUUAAAGAAGCAGUUAAAAAUAAACAAGAAAAAGUCGAUGCCAGUCUUAAGACUUUACACAAGGACAUGGUUGUUAAGAAGCCUGUUGUAGUUAAACCAGCUGCUGGUAAGAAAGGCAAGAAAGCUCCAGCUAAUGCAAAGAAUGUAUCAACUAAAUUGGGUGAUCUUAAAGUGUAAAUUCUACCUCAUCCCAUCUAUAGUAAAAAAAAAAAAGAAACCCAUUUGAACAAUUUAAA